AUGGACGGGUCCAUGAAUCCGGGACUUGGAGUCCUUGGCUUCGACGAUCCGAAUCGGCGGAAUCCCAACGUCGGAUUGGAAAUGUACGGUGUUGGGACCAGUUCCUGGGCCUCCUCGGCCGAGAUUCCAGGAGCCAUGUUUGCAGACAUCUCCAUGGCAGCUCAGCUACAGAAUAAUCACGGCCGUUCUGCCUCCAUAGAUGCAGGAAUGCAAAUGCCCAUGGUUCAUCCCUGGAUGGAUCCUAUAUCUGCAGCAACACCAACGACACACCACGAGAUGAUGAACUACGAUACUCCUACCUCACUACCCACCCCGGCAAGCAUGGGAUCCAACUAUUUCCCUAGCCCUUCUGUCACGCCAAACGUACCGCACCGUCAUCGCCCAGCUUCCGUCGGGGCCACCGCUCCAGCCGGGGGCGCCAGCUGCACCUGCUUUACGGUGUGUCUCCAGUCUCUACAAUCGCUACACAACGCGUCGUCCCCAAACCACCCGCCAUUCGACGUCGUCCUGUCAUUAAACAGGAAGGCUGUCGAAGGGUGUGCUACGAUGCUAGCUUGCCCACGGUGCAUGAACCGCUCGGGAACCCACACGGCGACUAUGCUCCUCGCUACCUUGAUCGGUAAAAUUACCACCUUCUACAGGAACUCGAGCCAAACAUACUUUGACCAUCCAACCAGCACCGCCGCCGCCUCCGCCGCCGCUGUCGGGCUUUCAGACUGCUUACCUGGUAACAAGGGAGGCUCUAGCCCAAGCAGUGGUUUAGAAGUGAGCCUUGGUGGCUAUACACUGGGCGGCGAGGACGGGCGGUGGCUGGAACUCGAGAUCUUGAAUCGCGAACUCCGAAAACUGGAGGACGUUUAUUCCCAGUUCCGGGACGUAUGCACCGAGCUUUCCGACGACCCAGAUAUGGGCAAGGCCAUGGUCGAGUAUCUCGGUCACACACUUGGGACGACUCUCGAAGUUGUCAAGCACCGACAAGGCAGAAUGCAAUUCGCCUAG